AUGGCAAAGACCAUAAAAUAUGAGCUGUCCGAUUUGGACAAAAUGGGAAUCAUGAAGACUGUAAAGGUCGUCGUAUUCUAUGAGCUCCAGCCCACCGUGGAUAUCGACAAACUGAUUUCUUCUGUGACGGAAGGGGUGAAGAACGCAAUCCGUCAGUUGCCCUUCAUGGCCGGGAAUGUCCAGUUUGAUGGCGUCAAGCCCUACAUCGAGGUACCUGUGGGGAGCGAGCUAGAAGUUGGCAUCCGCCGGUAUGGCUCCAUGGAGCACCAGCCCUUCUCUAGCCUGGCUCAGGGCUCAUUCUCUCCCAACGACGCGGACUUUGCCCAGUUCCUACCCGACGAGCCAACGGCUCAGAGACCGGCCUGUCUCCUGCAAGUCAGCAUCAUCGAGGGUGGCCUGGUUCUGGGUCUGCGAGUGAACCACGCAGCCGGGGACUGGGUGUCUAUCGAUACGUUCCUGUCCCUUGUCUGUCAAAGCAGCAAGGCACGUCAGGAAGGGCUGGAGAUGCCCGCCUACACACCGGAUCUCAAUAGAGCGCCAUACAACACGCCAGCGCCUGACCCGGCCAUUACAAGGCAGGACCGUCUGGGAAAACUCCCAAUAUUCUACGUGAUGGAGAAGAGCCAAUUCAAACCGCCACCACCGCCGCCACCAUCCCGAUCAAGCAUCUACAAGAUCUCCGAGCCAGCCAUCCAGCAACUCAAAGCACAAUGCGCCCCGCACCUGACCAAGGUCGACUACAUUAGCUCGUACGACUGCAUCUCGGCACUGGUCUGGAAGUCGCUGACGCGUGCGCGCCUCCAAAUCCACCCGGAGAAAACGACCUCGCCAUCCCGCUUCGUCCACCCCAUCGAUGUCCGGUCCCGAGACCCCGAAAAGAAGACCUCGAACAAAUACUUCGGUAACGCCGUCAUCGGAUCCCAGGCUGGUCCUCUGGCUGCCGAGGCCGUGGUAUCCGAUGGGGACCGCGGUCUCGCUGCUGCUGCCACUCUGAUUCGGGAGUCGGUCAAGUCCGUCAACUUGUCCACGAUUGGCCAUAUGACCUCUCUCAUUGCGUCUCUCGCCCACACGGAGACACUCGGCUCGAAUGCAGACUUCACGAAUAUGGACUUUUUCAUGAAUACUUGGUACUCGGGAAGCGCGCAAAAGUACGAUAUUGGGGCCGGUGCGGUCCCUGUUGCAUGCAGACCGCACGAUACUAUGCUGGGAUCUUGCAUGAUCCUGCCGAAUUUUUCGCGGGGGGAAACGAAGAUCUUUGAGGUUCUUAUUACGGCGACGAUUGAGGAGAGUGAGUUCCUCAAGAAAGAUGCGGAAUUUCUGAAGUAUUUUGAGCCUAUUGUAUGA